GGGCGGUGGCAGGAGCGGGAGGCUGCGGAGGAUGUCAAACUGGCUUUGGUCCGCAAAGACUACACUGGUGUCAAGCUCCUUCUGAUUCACCUCCAGGUCUCAGGAGGAAAGGUACAGUUACAGGGGCUGUAUCAGUAUGCAUCUGUAGAGAGCAGCUGCCCUCCCAGAGAAACAUUUGUGUAAGCAACUGAACUCUGCCCUGAUACCCAGAGUAAGAAGACUUUUUCUGUCCACGAUUUGCAGAACAAGAAUGUCCUGAAAAAAAGAAGAGUAGGAAACAGUGAUCAAGUAUAGGACGGAUCUGAUCUAGUGAGCUACCUUUUCAUCAUCACACAAUCUAGCUCAAGCCCUACCUGCAGGCUUGACAGCCCUCUUCAUUCACAAGUUGAGAUAUCUAUUUGCUGACCUGGAGUGAUGCAGCAUAAUAUUUAUACACUGUGAGGUGUUAACAUGACAACCAGUAGCCGCACAUGUCCAGUACCAGCAGUGAAUGGACAUAUGACUCACUAUCCAGCAGCGCCAUAUCCAUUACUUUUUCCUCCAGUCAUCGGUGGACUGUCACUCCCUUCCCUCCAUGGACUCCAGACUCACCCACCAACUAGCGGAUGCAGCACCCCGUCACCUGCAACAGUUGAAACUCAGAGCACCAGUUCUGAGGAACUUGUUCCGAGCCCUCCUUCACCACUUCCACCCCCUCGUGUUUACAAGCCCUGUUUUGUCUGUCAAGACAAGUCAUCCGGAUAUCACUAUGGUGUCAGUGCUUGUGAAGGAUGUAAGGGCUUUUUCCGCAGGAGCAUCCAGAAGAACAUGGUUUACACAUGUCACAGAGAUAAAAACUGUGUUAUCAAUAAAGUUACCAGAAAUCGCUGCCAGUACUGCAGACUACAGAAGUGCUUUGAAGUGGGAAUGUCCAAAGAAUCUGUCAGAAAUGAUAGGAACAAAAAGAAGAAGGAGCCUUCAAAGCAGGAGUCCACAGAAAACUAUGAAAUGACAGCAGAGUUGGAUGAUCUCACUGAGAAGAUACGAAAAGCUCACCAGGAAACCUUCCCCUCACUCUGCCAGCUGGGAAAAUACACUACAAACUCCAGUGCAGAUCAUCGGGUUCGACUGGACCUUGGGCUUUGGGACAAAUUCAGUGAACUUGCAACAAAGUGCAUUAUUAAAAUAGUGGAAUUUGCAAAGCGAUUGCCAGGCUUCACAAGUUUGACCAUUGCAGACCAGAUAACUCUACUUAAAGCCGCCUGCCUGGAUAUACUGAUCCUUAGAAUUUGCACAAGAUACACACCAGAACAAGACACCAUGACCUUUUCAGAUGGCCUUACCCUAAACCGAACUCAGAUGCACAAUGCCGGAUUUGGCCCACUGACUGAUCUCGUAUUCACAUUUGCCAACCAGCUCCUGCCUUUGGAAAUGGAUGAUACAGAAACGGGUCUCCUUAGUGCCAUCUGCUUAAUCUGCGGAGAUCGCCAGGACCUUGAAGAACCAGUGAAAGUGGAUAAGCUUCAGGAACCAUUGCUCGAAGCAUUGAAAAUCUAUAUCCGAAAGAGACGACCCAACAAGCCUCAUAUGUUCCCAAAGAUCUUAAUGAAAAUCACAGAUCUUCGUAGCAUCAGUGCAAAAGGUGCAGAACGUGUCAUUACAUUGAAAAUGGAAAUUCCUGGAUCCAUGCCACCUCUCAUUCAGGAAAUGUUGGAGAACUCUGAAGGACACGAACCACUGACACCAACCUCAAAUGGAAAUACUGCAGAACACAGUCCUAGUAUCUCACCUAGUUCAGUGGAUAACAGCAGUGUCAGUCAAUCCCCUAUGGUGGAAUAAGACAUUUUCCAGCUACUUCAGACAUUCCUAAUACCUUAUGUACAGGGAUGAAAAGCAAGAAAAACAUUUUUACUGCUGCUUAUAUUUCUGGACUUAAUAUAUAUCUAUAUAUGUAUAUAUAUAGAUGAAAACUGAACAAGGACCAAGAAAUUUUCAUAUGUAUCGAUAUAUACUCCUUGCUGUUUAAACUCUUUAGAAAAUGCAAAACUUUUGAAACUCUAAAUCAGCCAUUUCAUGCAAAAAAAAAAAAACCACAAAAAAAA